AAUAUGGCUGAUGGUGUUUAUGAUCUGGAAUCAGCUGGUGAAAUGCACGAAAAUGCUUCAAAAUCUUUUUCAAAAGAGAGUGAUUGUGAAAUCGAUUUCAGAGAAGAAACUGAAGAGAUAAAAGACAGUACUCUUGAAAAAUUAGCUAAUAAACUUUUAAAGCACAAUUUCAUUCUUACUGCUUUGGAAUUUCAUACAGAAUUAGUUGAAAGCGGCAGGGAACUGCCGAAACUUCGUGAUUACUUUUCAAAUCCAGGAAAUUUCGAGAAGCAUAUACAGGAGACCGAAACAUCGCCAGUUUUACCAAGAACAUCAAGUGUUCAGACUUUUGACUCAUUAGACUUUACAAGGUACUCAGAUGAUGGGGAACGUCAAGUAGAAGAACGAGUUGCAGUGUUAGAAUUUGAACUUCGGAAAGCCAAGGAAACUAUCAAAGCUUUGAGGACAAAUUUGACAGUUGCUACAGAAUCUGACCCAAAUACUCCUACCUCUGGAUCUGCUAAAUCUAUUGUCCAAGAAGCUGUUAAACCUCAUGAAAAGAGGGCACUGAAUUUUCUAAUCAAUGAAUACCUUUUGAGUAAUUCUUAUAAACUAACAUCAAUAACAUUUUCAGAUGAAAAUGAUGAUCAAGAUUUUGAGGACUGGGAUGAUGUUGGACUCAAUAUACCAAAGCCACAAAAUUUACUUCAGUUGUAUAGAAAUUACAAUAAGUAUAUGUAUUUAAAUAAUGAAGUAGCCAACAAAGAAGUUCAAACUGAUUUUAUUCCUUCACCAGAGGAAGAUUCUGAUGUUUGUAUUAAAGAAUCAUGUAAUGUUGAAAAGAAACAGUUAUUGGAUCAAAUAACAAAGUUAGUUCAUGAAAGGGAUGAACUUGCAGAAAUAAGUGAGGAGAAAGAAAAGUUAGAGCAACGAUUAAAGAAUUUAAACCGUGAAUUAAAGCUACUGAAGAUGAACUCUGCUACUGAGAGUACUGAAAGGCCACUGCCUAAUUCAGCAGAUGAUAAAAAGUCUCUAGAUUCUGCUGAUGCUCAAGAAUAUGUGAUAGUAAGCAAGCAAACAGACAGUCCUGUGUUAGUUAAUGAAACAUUUGUACCAUUUAAAAUGGGAUCAGAAUCUGUAGAUUUAAAUCAAAGUUCUAAGUCAGUCAGUUCAAACACAUCCAAUGAGCAACCUCAUAAAACAGAAAGAGUUGUUCCUUAUGAAUUCCAAAAGAAUCUCCUCAGUAUUUGUCAAACUCAGAAGAUUGAUGAAGACAAUAGACUUAUUGGGGAAAUUACAGAUAUUGUAAAUUCUCAAGAAGCAGUUGUCACCGUUUUAGCCCGAUGUUUGCCACAUAUUGUCCCUAAUAUUUUGUUAGCCAAAAGAGAAGAAUUAAUUCCAUUGAUUUUAUGUGCAAUAGCUCUACAUCCAGAUCCAAAAGAACGAGACAAACUUCUCAAUAUUCUCUUUAAUCUAAUUAAAAGGCCGGAUGAAGAGCAAAGGCAUAUGAUAUUGACUGGUUUAGUAGCAAUAGCACAACAUUUAGGUCCGUCCAGAGUUGAAGCUGAGCUCCUUCCUCAGUGCUGGGAACAAAUUACUCAUCGAUAUGUUGAACGAAGAUUAUUAGUUGCUGAAUCAUGUGGUGUUUUAGCUCCUUAUGUUUUGAGUGGCAUCCGUAGUUCUCUUUUGCUUUCCAUGCUACAUCAGAUGUUGCAAGAAGACAAAGAUGAUGCAGUGAGAGAAACUGUUGUUAGAAAUUUAGCUCUAUUGUUGCUGUAUGUUGAUGAUGCUGAUAAAUUUACAAAAGCAUGUGAGCUUCUGUUUCUGUCUCUUGAGGACAGAGGUCUGAAUGUUGUUGAUUCAGGACUUAAUACUCUGUUACCUUCUAUAGCUGCAUGGUCUUUUGAAUUGGGCAAUUUAGAAUCUCAUCUUUUUCCACAUGUGAUGACUGUGACUAAUAAUCAUUUUAAGGUUUUAAAUGACAUUCCACUCCCUCCAGUAUUAGGAAGUGUCCAAACUGAGGAGCAGCAAUGCAUUUUGUUUUCUCGAGCAGUUUCCAUGCUGCUUCCAUUCCUUUUUGUAACUGUGAUAAAAUCUGGGCCUUAUGUGGAAAAUCCAGAUAUUACGUGUAGCUCACCUGUUGAAUUUGAUGUGGAUCGUUUGCCAACUUAUCCCAGUUCGGUCCUUAAUCCUUCUGUAAUUUUUGGAGAUGGGGAUGAGUUGAUGAGUGCAGUGAAAGCAUUUGAUAGAUAUUUAAGUUCAGAGUGGUAUAAACCAUGGAAUCAACAUGAUUGGAUAACUACUGAAUUGUUGCCAUGGCUACACAGUAUUUUUAGUUAUGUUAAUGCCCAAAGGCAAAUAGUUGUUCAUGCUUUGGUAGAACUGAUGCACAAUUUUUGCCAUUUGUUUGGGAGAUCUUUUACACAGAAAAAUAUAAAACCAUCAUUUUUGUCUCGAUUAUCUCUAGAGGAAGAUGAUAAAGGAGCCAAUUUAAAUCGGUCUACAUAUCAAGAUGCUACUAUUCCUGUAUAUGUUGCUGGAGUUUUAGGUGCUUUGCAUCAGGCAGAAGAUCGUCAAGAGUUGCUCGAAUUUCUUCAAGAUUUACUUUGUAGUGUUUCUUUGCGGCAUCUACCUGACAGUAGUAUAAAAGCAGCUUUAACUGAAUUAAGCUCUAACAAAGCAUACCAUGAAUUAUUGCUAUCAGUUUUAUGGGAUGGUGUUGUACAUAAUUCACCACUAGUCAGAGUUACAGCUGGAAGAUUAUUUGAAAUUUUAGUUGGAGUUGUUAGUGAAAGUUUGCUCCGUACACGUGUAACACCUGCUCUUGUUACCCUUGCAAGUGAUCCAGAAAUUGUUGUCAGAAUUGCCACAGUUCCAGCUUUUGGAGCCAUAAUGGAAUUAAGCUCACAAAGAGAUAAUAUGUCAAGUUUCAUCAGGCAGCUACUUGAAAAAGCUCAUAUGCAGCUACAAACAUUUCUGGAUGAUCAACUAUAUCGUGAUCAGCAUUUAUUAUACGUUGAAAUCAUUAGGACGUUUGCUAAAGUUGGACCUAAUACUGAACCUAAGUUUAGGGAUGAAUUUGUUUUACCCAGAUUGACUGCAUUAGCAGCAGAAAAUAAUAGUACUACUAAUGAAACAAAGAAAAUGGACAUUGCAUUAGCAUUAUUGGAAGCAUACACUGCCAUGUCUUGUUGUUUCAUGAGUGAACAGCUGAUUGCAGAGGCUUUCUUGCCAGGACUUCGAUGCUUAAAAUCAGAUCUUGAGCUGAUUGCUCAAGAAUAUGUGGACUCAGUAAAUGCCAUGAUUCAAGAAUUUGAAGCAAAGUUGGACCUUGGGAGAUCUGUAGAUAAUCGUCCUCGAACAUUGUCUGUCACAUCUCCUGGUAGCAUGGAGGAAAUGAAGAACAGAGUUACAAAAAUGUUUAGUACACGAUCAACUGCUGUUAGACCCAAUAUUCCAAAUCUUUUUCAACGCAAGAAGUGAAACUUCUUAACAAAAUUGUAUUAAACAUUCCACAGUUAAAGUUAUUAGUAUUUUUUAUGAAAUAACAAAAUUUUAACAUCUUUUUUUGUAUUAUUUAAAUUUUUUUGUUUUAGGUGAUAGUUUAUGAAUGUAAGUGUAGGGAUUCAAACUCACUUUCUUUGUUUUGAAAUAUAUUAAUCUUUUUU